UGAAAGAAAAAAAGUGGGAUUUUUUAUGCUAAAACGAGGGGAAGCCAAAUUCGGUCAGAAUGUGUCUGUCGCGCGCGUUAGCAACUCACUUUGAAUGCGUCUGUUCAAUAGAUGCAUUCAGAGUGAGUUGACAACCCACUUUGACGCGUGCGUAUUGUGUCAGAAUGCGUCUGUUGAAUAGACACAUUCUGAUCGGUUUACUUUUUUUUAAAAUGCGUCGUAUGGAAAAAAAAAUUCCUGAAUGAGUCUCUUCAAGAGAUACAUUGGGAUGGGGACAAAAAAAGCUCCCAUUUUUUCCUAAAUAAGUUCCAAUGCACCCCUUUUCUCCAAUUAAAUUUCAAUCCACCCCUUUUCUCCAAUUAAAUUUCAAAACAACUCCUGAUCUCAAUAACCCUGUCUGCACGCAGAUUCUAGUAAUACAUCCGUAAUUUCAUUCUCAGAAGAAAAGUAAAAGCUUAUGAAUAAAUUUUGUUAAUAUUCGAUGUUUAUGCAAAAGAAUUGAGAGGUCCGCUAAUUUAAGAAGAGAGAGCCAUAGUGCCAUCCGCCAAAAAUGACAGCCAAACAAAUCCUUCGUUAUCAUCGAAUCUUUUCACAGUUCAUUUUAAUAGCUUCUUUAUAAAUCUCUCUCCUUUCCCUCUCCCAAUUUCAUUGCUCUCUUUUUAACCUUCCUUUUCAAAUCAUUAAAACACAUAGCCUCCCAUCCAUCUCAUUCCCAUCAUGUCGUCCUUUGUUUCGUUGCCACUUCUCACGACGCUUCCCUGCACCCCCUCGACGAGAAAUAAGAGUACUAUUUUGCAUUUGAGUAGUCUUUCUGCAAGAGAUGGUACUUUGUUAUGUGGGCAGAGGCUGUUUUCCAACAUGAGAAUGGCAAAGGCUUCAAAAGGAGCAUCUGCACUUCCCACCUUCAAAUCAAAUAUUUCUUGCUCCCUAGCCCAACCAGAAACACUGCAAGUUGUUCAAGAAAUAAUUGCCAAGCAACUCUCUCUGGAACAAAGCGCAGUGAUCCCUCAAACGAAGUUUUCUGAUUUGGGAGCUGAUUCUCUUGACACCGUUGAGAUCAUGAUGGCUUUGGAAGAGAAGUUUGGAGUGUCCAUUGGAGAAGGUGGAGCUGAGGGCAUCUCUACCGUUCAAGACGCUGUCGAUUUGAUCGAGAAAGUCAAGGCAUCCUCUGCAAGUUAAACCAACACAGCAACAUAUCUAUUCAUGCCUUCAAAUCCCAAUAAUUUUGCAUUAGAUUUAUGGUUUUGUUCAUCUUUAAUUCAAGGAAGUUGUUUGUGGUUCAAAACUGAUUCAAAGUGACAUGGAAAACAAAAGAAAGAAGAGUUGCAAUCUGAAUGAAAUAAUACUAUACAUUAUAUACACAUAAUUCACAAGUUUAUUGUUAUAGAUUACUAAGAGCCAACAGAACACUAAGAAAUUCAACCUCCCUCUCCGUGAAGAAUAUUUAAUGCCAGGUUGGUUGAUAUUAUAUACGUAUAUAUACAUUUAUAUCUUAUAUACAGUUAUUUGGCUGCUUCCCUUCCCCUUCAAUGAUCGAAUCCAUACGAAGACACUUAAUCGA